AUGAAUCCCGUGUUGCGUACCGUGGCCACCGUGAUGGUGCUAGCGGCCGUAGCCAGUGCCAGCGGCCAGUCCGGCGAACCAGACUACCAGAGCCAGGGUUUGCGGGCGAUCAUACGGAUGUACGACGAGUGUUCGAAGGCGGACAGUGGCUUUAGCCCUUGCCUCAAGAAGCGUGCCAUCACCUUUAUCGAUCGGUUGGCCCGUGUCGACACACUCAACGUCGGUGACGUGAAGAUCGUACGGAACGAGCGGUCCAGCGGCACCGAGCAGAGCAAACCAUUGACCGAAGCCGAACUGGAGCAAACGUUACCGCGUGGUUUGGAGGCCCGUGAUGAGGCGCUCACCAACAUGCUGCUCGAGAAGGUGGCCGGAAUCUUCAGUAGCCGCACCAUCCAGCUGACCCUGCCGAAGCUGUCCAGCGAGGAGCUUGGCCGUGGGCUCGAAGAAGGCCGUGGCAAGAUGAAGAAGAUGAUGAGCAUGAUGAUCAUGGGCUUCAUGAUGAAGAUGGCCGCCAUGGUGCCGGUGGCGAUCGCCGGGCUGUACCUGCUCGCCGGUAAGGCACUGAUCGUGUCGAAGAUCGCGCUCCUGUUGGCCGGUAUCAUCGGGUUGAAGAAGCUGGUCGCCAGCAAGCAGCAGCACGGUAGCGGUUGGUCGAGCGGUGGCUCCGGACACGGUGGCUGGGAUCGUCGGUCGGUGGAUGCGGCCCACAACAUGGCUUACAACGCGUACGCCAAGAACCAGGCGUAA